GGCGAACAGCGGCGGAUUGGCGGGCACGCCCCCUCGCCCGCGGCGCCCUCCCCGCCUGUCUCCACCGCCUCCUCUGGCUCCCCGGUCAGAGGGCCGGAGCGAGAAGAUGGCGAAGACGUACGAUUAUCUUUUCAAGCUCCUGCUGAUCGGCGACUCGGGGGUAGGCAAGACCUGCCUCCUGUUCCGCUUCUCAGAGGACGCCUUCAACACCACCUUCAUCUCCACCAUCGGAAUUGAUUUUAAAAUUAGAACGAUAGAACUAGAUGGAAAGAAAAUUAAGCUUCAGAUAUGGGACACAGCGGGUCAGGAAAGAUUCCGAACAAUCACGACAGCAUACUACAGAGGAGCCAUGGGCAUUAUGCUGGUCUAUGACAUCACAAAUGAAAAAUCCUUUGACAAUAUUAAAAAUUGGAUCAGAAACAUAGAAGAGCAUGCCUCUUCCGAUGUUGAAAGAAUGAUCCUGGGUAACAAAUGUGAUAUGAAUGACAAAAGACAAGUGUCAAAAGAAAGAGGGGAGAAGCUAGCAAUUGACUAUGGGAUUAAAUUCUUGGAGACAAGUGCAAAAUCCAGUACAAAUGUAGAAGAGGCAUUUUUUACACUUGCACGAGAUAUAAUGACAAAACUCAACAGAAAAAUGGUUUGUAUCACUUAUAAUUUUUAUUUCCAUUAUGCUCUCUGUUUGGCAUUUGAUGAAAAGGAUAGGUCUAAUUAUAAGAUACUCAAAUUAAACUCAUUUUUUUCUGACUCAGAUACUCAUUUGGUUGAACUCUGAUUCUUAGUUCUGUUUGUUUAGGAUUCUUAUUUCUGAACUGCCGCUGUUUCAGUUCUUUCAUCUGGCUCUUUAAGUGAUCUUUAAUUGAAUUUUGAUGAGAAUAAUGAAAAUAAUAAUGGCACAAAUUAGAUUUUUGCCAUAAAAUUAUCCAGUUUUCAUGUGACAGGUAUUUAUAUCUACAUAACUAUGAUUUUGAAGUUGCUAAAGUUUGCUUAAAUUUGAAAUCAUUAAGACAACCUUGAAAGUUUGUUUUAUCCUGAGUCCUGACUAUAAUUGCAUACCUUAUACUACUAACUCUUCUUACCUCUAACAGAAUUGUCUAUGCCAGUAUCUUAACAUUGUUUCCAUCAUUACCUUUGAAACUUUACACUCCAUUGGAACUAGAAAUAGAAGCUUCCUAUCGAAUACAUUAUUGAUAUAAAAGCUGCUAUCGUAAGGGCAUUUUCCUCUUUUCAAUUCACCAUUUCCAAAGAAAAAGACAACAUUGGUGCUUAACUAGUUCCCGUUCUAAUAAAAUACUCUAGUGAAUACACAUUUCACUAGAAUACACAUUUCACAUGGUAUGGUUAGUUAUUUUUGUUUUUUAGGUAACUGAGGUCAAACCAUGAAACUUUUAUUUCCUUGGUAACUUCAUCUUCUAUUUUUUAGAAUGACAGCAAUUCAGCAGGAGCAGGUGGACCAGUGAAAAUAACAGAAAACCGAUCAAAGAAGACCAGUUUCUUUCGUUGCUUGCUACUUUGAUGAACUCUUUCUGAGAGACUGCAGCACACCUAGAGGGCCCUUUCCUGCUUCUCUGAAAGCACAGGUCACCCAGCCUCAGAAUCACACCUCCCGGCUGCUGCUGAGAGCACCACUGAACUUAGACCUCUCAACACAGAAUGCCAAGUGGAUUCCAGCCUCAUGGCCUAGCAAAAGAACAGGCUCCUUUUUUCAAAUAUGGAAGCAAUGAAGUGGAGACACAUGCAGGACCUAACUCGUUUUUUCCUUGUUUUACUACCUGUUGCAGAAGCUGUUAUCUUUCUUUUUUACUUUGCACAUCAGUGUUAGCCUUUCCCUAUUUCAGCACAAUCUUAGACUCAUAUUUGCACACUUCUGUGUCAUGAAGUUCUAGACAAAUUUGUACAUGUGGCAAUGUUAAAAGGGCAUUUACAGCAGAGGUUAAUAUACUAAAAUUAAAGGGUAUUGGUCUGGUUCAUAUGGUCAAAUAUUACUGCCUUGGUAGCAUUUAUUUAAGGGCUUUUUCUUAAAUAAGAAUUAUUAAAGUCAUUAAAAUUUACUGAAAUGCCCAUCUUGUCAUCAAAGGCCACAAUUUCUUUAUUUCUUCAGAUUAAGAGCUUUGCCUCAUCCCUGACCUGUUUGCCAGAGUCCGGGUAGCUGAAUGAAUCACUUUUUAAAAUGAUUACCUCUGCCUAAUCUAUAGAAACUGCAUUUGGAAAUCACCAUAAUCUCAUUUUUCCCUGGGGUUUGUAUUUGCUAUUCUUUCCCAUGUUUGACUUAACUGUAAUCACUCAGUUACCUAAAACUAAUAACAUAUUUGAACAUUAUUAUCUCUUUCUAUUUGUGAACUUCUUGAGCUGAAAUUUUACGUGGGCUGAGAGAUAUACCAUUUAGGGUUUUAGUGCAGCAUCUAACUGUGAUUCUGUCAAUAAGGAUAUGUAAUAUAUUUUUUCUUAGGUUCACUCCUUAGCUGGCUGGUUUAGUUGUAAUACCAAAUUCCUACCAUAAUCCCUGUCUACAAAAGUUAGGUUUAGAUUUUAGUUUGUGGAAACCUUCCCUAUAUAGAGACAGAUUAACUUGUUGAUAUAAAUUUAAUAGAGCUAGCUCUUGGUAAUGGUGAAAAUAAUGAGUUUUGGUUGGUUUUAUUUGGGAGAUAUUUUUAGAAAUAAAAGUACUUAGACCUAGUGCAGCCUCUAGGAAAAGUCUUGCCUUUUCAUUAGAGAAAACAGGACCAAGGUUUCAGUUUUCAAACAGCUGUUGUUGAAUGUAUAGAACCCAGUUCCAUCUGUUUUGGUUCAUUGUUACAGAACUUAGUCAUUUGGGCUAAAGCCAACCAAAAGCUUAGUUGCCUUUCUCAACAAACACUGGUACUGGUAUACUUUUGUAGAUGAAACCAUCACAAGGUAUUUAGUGCUAACUUAUGUGCCAAAUUCAGAUCACUAUGUCAUUGUUUUUGCUCUAGCCUUCAGUGUCAUGACACAGAGGGGGAUAAUACAGAGGGGAUGAGGGAAAUGAAUUGUUAAUAAUGACUCUUCCUGGUAUGCCUGUUUUGCUUCACAAAGGCUACUAUCAUGCUGGAUAGUUAAGAACAGGAGAUGGCAGUGGAAAGGGAUUGCUUGUUACCACAGAUAAUUCUCUUCAAAUUAAGAUAUGUCAUUAGAAUGCUUGGACCAGUCAAUCUUUUGUACUUAUUCGAAAAUAUAGGAACAAUUUAGCAGCUGCAAAUAUGCCCAAGCUAUUUUUAGUAGAUAUACUAAACUUAUUGUUGACAAAUUUCAGCCUCCUUAAUUUUUUUUUUGGUAUUUACCUAUAGGCUUAAAAGUCAUUCAUUGCUGUUCUAGUAUAAUUAGUAGUUCCGUGAUUGAAAGUUUAUUGUAAUUCUACUAUCUUCAAAUUAGAUACAUUUUCAAAAGGAAAAGAUAAUUUUUUAGAAACAUCUUAUAUUCACUAUUUCCUGAAAAAAAUCCAAACAGUUAACGCUCUCUGGAUGGUAACAAAGUACCUUCUAAAAGAUAAGUGCUAUGACACCAUGUAUGAAUGUAAUUCUCUUAGUAAUUUACCUCUGACUAUUUGGUGUCUUAACGCUUUGGUUUAUAUAAUCUCAGGGGUUGUCUGCAAACCAAAACUGACAUAUUCUGUGGUUAGCUUUUAUUACUUUUUUUUUUUAACAGAAUGCUUUGCUUUGGUUAUAUUUCUUCUUUCUUCUUUUGUCUUAUAUGGAUUAAUAACUAGUCUCCAUGAACUUCACUUGAAAGAGCCUGUGAAAGUUAGAUGAGUCUAAAAGUGCUCUUUGAAGUAGCAGCAAAUUGGGAGUAUAUGCUCUGUUAUAUAGAAAUAAAUUGUCCUUGCUAUUUUCUUACAUUUAGCCUUGCUAGAUUGUAUAUACAUUGAGCUAAGACCUUAGGAAAUUCACUUUCUGCAUGAUAAAAUGACCCAAUAAAUAUUCCACUUUGCUUAAUAAUGUACAUACAGUGCAUUAUUUUUUCUAUUUGUAGAUGAAUUUAAUGACAGAUAAUUGUCUGUUCCCUGCUGAAACUGAAGAAAUCUAGUUCUUUUGUGAACAUUUUUGUGGUCUUAUGGAUAAGGUACAUGAGGAUUUUUGCAGCAGUAUUAGUGGUUCAGUGGCUGCACUUUAUUAUAUCAGUGUGUUAAUUUUUGACAAUGAUUGGACUAGACCCUUUCAAAUAGAGUCUGAGGGUAUCAGACAGGGAAAAUGUGCUGUAACUAAGUAGCAUGUAAAUCAGUUGAUUGUAAAACGUUUCGCUGGGAACUUAUUUUAGCUAUAUUUUACUUCAGACAGAUUAUGAUACAAUAAUCUACCUGUGCAUCAGUUAGUAGGUGCUGCAGGGUUUCUUACUAUUUACAGAAACAUUUUGUGCAGUCUUUGUUAUAAAUUUUCAGAAGACUAUACUCUUUACUUUGAAGGUCUAUUUUUUAAUUAUACCUCAUUUAGCUAACUAGUAUUCUAAUACCUGGUAGAAAAACAGUGAGCCAGCCUUUAAGCAUCUAACAAAAUUUAGACUCUUUGUUUUGUUUUGAACUGAAGACAUCAUUGGGAAAGGUAGGAAAUAUUAGUUUAGAAUAGAGCAUACAUGUCAUAUCCAGUAGCAUAAAAAAAAGUAUUAUCUCCCUGUCUCCAUUAAUAAAUUUAGCUGUGCAAUAUAGGUGCGUUUUUGCAGAAGUUUCUAAGUAAGAGAUUAUAACUCCAUUUUACAGGUUCUGAAUGCUCGAGUCUAUAUUAAGGCUUAUAAAGUUUUUCCUGUGAUCAGUAAGUGACACAUUUAAGCAGACAUUCUUUUCAAGUUCAUGACUUAGAUUCCUUUACAAAUUUAGUUCUCAGUCUUUAAAGAUGAGCUUCUAAGCUUAAAAUUUAAAAACCACAUUUCAUUAUGUUGGUUUACUUAUUGUAAAUUUUAAGCACUCAUUUCUGCAAUCAGGUUUCUCAGAAUUUUUUUUUUUUUUUAAACAGAAGAGACAUUCCUUUUUCCUUGUUACAUCCAAGGGGGGCACAGGGGUGGGUGGAAAGGAAUGUCUAAAAAUGAAAUCCCUUGACAUAGACGGACCUAGACGGACAGGAUAUGCUAAAAGAAUUUCAAAUUCUAGCACAGUUUUAGAGUAGAAUAAGUCAUUUUUUUAGACUAAUAAAAUUAAUGGCUGUCAUGUUCACUCUGAAAAAAAUCUAAAUGACUGAAAUGUACAGAAAUAAAAAUUAGCAAACAAUUAUUCUAGGGAUAUUUUCAGAUUUUACUUCAUUUCUUGAAAUGCGUGUGCCAUAUGCAGUUGCAUUUCUUGUGCCAAGAAACUAAUAGAACUUAUUUCACUUUCUUACCUUUUUUUAAAAUGUGAAUUUAGUUAUUAUAGUUCAAUUUUAUGGCCUUACAGAUGGGUUUUAUUUUGUUUGCAGCUGACACUGCAGUUCCUUUCAUGCAAAAUACCAUAAACUUUUUGAUGAAAAUCAUGCCCCUAAUGGAAACUCUCUAGUUUUUCCAUAUAAUUAUCCUACUGUACAUGUUUAAACAUAUUUUAUUUUUGCUCCAAUGGCUUAAUGUGAAAAGCUCCUGCAGAUAAGUGGACCUGUCAUGUGGUUAAUCUUGUUUAAGCCAAUUCAUUAACUGUGUACUGAUACUGAUGCUAUGUUUUUUUUAAAUGGAUUUUAUUCCAGGUGAACUUUUUUUUUAUAAUAAUGUUCGUCUAAAAUAAAAACUACAUAAUGAAAAUGAAAA